GCCACACCCUGGUGCAAAAAGCAGGCGUGCGCGCACACCACCAGUCUCUCUCUCUCUCCCUCUCUCCUCCAUAACGCUGAGCCCUCCCUCCUCCUGCACACUCACCGCCUGGCUCGCUUCACGUGUGGACGCUCUCCCUCAGCUCUGUGGAAAUCACCGCCAAGAUGUCCGAUAAGCCCGAUAUGACUGAGAUCUCCAGCUUUGACAAGACAAAGCUGAAGAAGACGGAGACAAAAGAGAAAAACCCUCUGCCCACCAAAGAGACCAUCGAGCAGGAGCGAAAAGGAGACGCAACACCCUGACCUGGAAGCACAAGUUCCGGCCUGAGGCAGAGAUGACGAAGCAAAAAAAAAA